GGACUCUGCGGCGGGAUUCAGGCCCCGCCCCCUGCACUCACGCACGCGCGCCGCUGCCGCUCCAGCAUACGGGACCUGCAGGCAAGGCUGUGCAGGAGCAGCACCCAGGGCUGUGGAUUAGGGAGCAGCCAACAGACACAGGGGACUACCCACAGCUUGAAGCAAUGGCAGGGAGUGGGGCACAGACAGCCGGACAGAGCCCGAGCCCUGGACUGACGCAGGGGGAGGAGCGAGGCCCAGCCUGCUCCCAGGGAGGACCAGGAUGCGCAGGUGCUGCCAGCUGGCCACCCCCUGUGACCAGGCUCCCCCGCUCCAUGGCACCACCGCCCCCUGCCAGCAAGCCACACGCCUGCAUGUCAGCGGUGGUGAUCGUCUCCACCAUGGCAGCGGUGGACGUGUACCUGAUGGAGCUGAGUGCUGGAGCACAGCGGGCCAGCGUGCUGGCCCUGGCACUGGCAGGUGAUCUGUGCUUCCUCUUGGUGCUGCGCUAUGUGGGGACAUGGGCGGGUGCCGAGGCGCGGACCCCGCGGCAUGGCUACACCAUGGCACUCUGGUUCCUCUUUGUCUUCACCCUGGAGAUCAAGCUAUACUUCAUCUAUCAGGGGUACCGGGCCGACCGGCGCACCCCUGACCCGCUGGCCCGCCGUACCCUGACCCUGCUGCUCUCCAUCUGCAUCCCCUCCCUUUACAUGGUCCUGGUGGCCACCGAGCACCUGGAGCACAUGGCCACCUUCCGGCGCAAGGAGGACCUGCGCGGCCGGCUUCUCUGGGUGGUGGUGGACCUGCUGGACCUACUGGAGAUGCAGGCCAGCCUGUGGGAGCCUCAGUGGCAGAGGCUGCCGCUGUGGGCUGAGGGCCUGACUUUCUUCUACUGCUACAGCCUGCUGCUGGUGCUGCCCUGCGUGGCACUGGGCGAGAUGGACCUGCCCGCCCCACCCCGCCUCCCACUUUACCCGCUGCUCAGCCUGCUGGCUGUCAACCUGGCCACAUUGGCCAUCCGGGCUGCUGACCUGCUGCUCUACCGCGACCAGCGGGUCUCUGCCAUCUUCAUGGCCAAGAACCUACUGGCCAUCGCGCUCAAGGGGUGCACGGCCUUGCAGUACCACAGAGCUGGGGCUGCCAGGCUGGGGGAGCUCCCCCCUGGGGACAUGCCAUGUCACACACCCCGGCGUGGGGGCAUGGACAGCACCUCUGGGCCCAGGUUCACCCCCCGGGAGUUCUGAGUGCGCAGGGACACUGCAACACCACACCCUGAGCUGGAGCUGUGAGCAUGGGGCCAGAUCCCCUGCUGGUAUUUUCCGGCAAAGCUGCCCUGAUGUAAAGUGGCCCCCAGACUCCUUCACACGCAGAGAGGGGCUGAGAUCACAAACCACUAUUCACUAACGGACAGGACUAGCAUAGAAAGGGGUUGAGGAACACCAGGCAUAGCAGGGGACUAUGGGUUGGGAUUGAGGGGCGCUGAGAUGAUGGGAUCUGCAGGUAGGGACUGAGGGACACCAGCAGUGCUGGGGUGGGAGGCAGGCUCCACCCCUGCCCUUUGGGCUCCAUUCCCCACUGCAGCACAUUGAUGACCACUGUGUACACUCAUCACCCCUGUGCUGAGCUAGACUGAGACACAUGGGCCCACACCUAGCUGGCCCCGUGGUGAGGGACUGGAGUGUAGCGAGCCCAGGCUGGAGCACUGGAUGGGCCCAAUGGGUGGUGCCAGCUAUGGCCCUGCCACUCGGAGAGGUAGGGGGCACAUGCCCGGGCCUGGAUGCUCCAUGCAGGACAGAGGCAAAAUAAAGAAGAGCUAACACAGA